UGUGUCUGUCUCUGUCUUGGUGCUUUCCCCUUUCUCUUUUCCAGAUGAUUGGUGAUCAAUCUAUCCAGCUGCCGAUAUGAGAGUGUGCGUAGGGCUGCCCAACAGUAUGGCCUUCGAGAGGGAGGAGAAAGUGAUGACUGGACUCUCUACUGGACUGACUUCUCAGUGUCACUGGAACGGGUGAUGGAAAUGAAAAGUUACCAGAAAAUCAAUCACUUCCCAGGGAUGAGUGAAAUCUGCCGCAAGGACUUGCUGGCCAGGAAUAUGAGCCGCAUGUUGAAGAUGUUCCCAAAAGAUUUCCACUUUUUCCCGAGGACCUGGUGUCUUCCUGCUGACUGGGGAGAUUUGCAGAACUACAGCAGGUCAAGAAAAAAUAAGACUUACAUCUGUAAGCCGGAUUCGGGCUGCCAAGGGAAAGGUAUAUUCAUCACCCGAACAGUGAAAGAAAUCAAACCAGGGGAGGAUAUGAUCUGUCAGCUCUAUAUCUCAAAGCCCUUUAUCAUUGACGGGUUCAAGUUCGACUUACGGAUUUAUGUGCUUAUGACAUCCUGUGACCCCCUCAGGAUUUUUGUGUACAAUGAAGGACUGGCACGCUUCGCCACCACCUCAUACUCCCAUCCCUGCACAGACAACCUGGAUGAUAUCUGCAUGCACCUGACUAAUUAUUCCAUUAAUAAGCACAGUGCCAAUUUCCUUCAAGAUGCUCACUCUGGCAGCAAGAGGAAGCUCUCCACCUUCAACAUGUACAUGGAGAGCCAUGGCUACAACGUGGCGCAGAUCUGGAGAGACGUUGAGGACGUUAUUAUCAAGACGAUCAUCUCGGCCUACCCCAUCAUCAAGCAUAACUACCACACCUGCUUUCCCCACCACACACUCAACAGCGCCUGCUUUGAAAUCCUGGGCUUUGACAUUUUGUUAGAUCACAAACUGAAGCCCUGGCUGCUGGAGGUAAACCACUCUCCGAGCUUCUCCACUGACUCCUGGUUGGAUAAAGAGGUAAAGGAUAGCCUGCUCUAUGAUACUCUGGUCCUGAUCAACCUGAGAAGCUGUGACAAAAAGAAGGUCUUGGAGGAGGAGAGACAGCGGGGGCAGUUCCUACAGCAGUGUCGUUCUCGGGAGACCAGGAAAGAGGAAGUCAAGGGCUUUCAGGCCGUGCGUGUAGAGAAAACUGAGAAGUAUGAAAAGGAAAACUGUGGAGGGUUCCGCCUGAUUUACCCCAGUGUGAACUCGGAGAAGUAUGAGAAGUUUUUCCAGGACAACAACUCCCUCUUCCAGAAUACAGUUACCUCCAGGGCUCGGGAGGUCUAUGCCCGGCGGCUGAUCCAGGAGCUGAGACUGAAACAAGAGAAAAAAUGCUUGCAAAUGAAACAGAAGAGGGUAGAGAUGCACGGGGAAUCGGCAGGCGAGCAAGCGAGAGGCAAGAGCUGGCAGAGCUGGCGACAGAAACAACAGCAGAAAUGCAAGACUGCCACCAGCCAGACCUCCAAACAAUAUCUCCAGCCAUUGACAUUGGUGUCCGGCACACCUGACUUGCUCUCGAGUGUCAGACACACAGAGAAAAAUGAAGCAGAUAGCAGCCUUGACCAGGAGGCCCCCAAAGAGGAGGCUGAUCCGGCACCUUGUAAGCCUUCAUCUUCAAGGCCUUACAGCUCUGUACCUGACUUGAGGAAUUCAAGCCUUCUCAGCUGCUCCAGGCCAGAGCUCAGUAAACCCAUCUCCAAAAUGAAGGAAGCCAAGUCUACCUCUGCAGUGAACACGAUCACCAACACUGUGCCUCUAACUUCAGUAGAAGCCUUCCCAGAAUCUACCACCCAGGUCUCAGACACCCCUGAAUGUCUGCUGAAUGUGACCAUGACAGCCAGCUCUGAGUGUAGCAGCCCAAAGAUGGACAGGGUGGCCUCCUUUAAAUGCAAGCCACAGCAGGUGCCUUGGCACCUCAUCCCAGAAAAAGUAUCAAACAGUUUUCUGCCUACAAAAUCCCGGAGCUUCUCGUGGAGUCCGAAUCCAAGCUGGACUUUGCUAAAGAAUAGCCUGAAGAAGCAGCAUACCAUGUCAGAGCUGUUCACCAAGGUUCAACUGAGAGAGAAGCUGUCUUUGUUCCCAGCUCACUACAACCCAAAGCUGGUGCUGAGUGACCAGUCACAAAACCCUUCCCUGCCCCGGGAGUCCUACUUUUGCAGCCGAAGCUCUGGCGAGAAGAGGCAGCUGGAUGUGCCCUCCUUCCUCUUCUUACAGAAUUCUCACGGCCUUGAUGUUUCCCUGAAAGACCUGCUGGUGGUUGCCACUCCAGCCCGACUGGACCCAAGGCCUGGCAGAAGCCAUACAGGUGCUUUGAAAGACCUGUGUAUGCAAGAUCAGGAAGCAUACAGUCACUGCCUGAUCUCUGGCCAAAGAGGAUGUGAGAGGAACUAGAGUCAGACUGGAUUUCUGCCAUUUCUUCCUCUCACUCCCAGGAAAUGAUUUGUCUCUUCCUAUAGUGUCUACGAUGCCUGCAGAAGCAACUGAAAGUUUUAUUUCCUCAUCUAGAGAGCCUGGUCUUAUGACUACCUCCCAUUAGCACUACUGAGGCUAACAGCCUUGCCUUUUGUCCCGCCCCCCAGUUAGCUUACAAUACUGGAGGACCAUGACUUCUGGGAGUUAUGGGUGCUGCCCCAGGACACGUCCCAUUUGCCCCACCAGUGGCGUUCUUACGGGUCCCUCACAUGGCACUGCUAUCCAGGACACUCCCAAGGAUAGAGCAACUUGAAGGGAGGAGUUGCAAGGAAGGACUCCCAGUUUCCAGAAGUCCAGAGCCCUCAGGGCACCAACAGGCCAGUGUCAGUUGGUCUCCAACUCCAGAGAGAAAAGACCAAGAGCUAGGCUUGAUGGAGAACUCUGAGCCCUGAGUAAAGGAAUCAGGACAGUUGUACCUUCAUCAGGUAAAGACCAGACCUCCUCCUAUACUAGCAGCUCUGUGCCCAAGUAUCUUCCGGCUGCCUUCCCUACCAUCCUAACUCAAAUUGCCUUUUCUGAUGCCAUUGUCACUAUCAGGCUGCCGUAGGUCAUAGUCUGGCCCAGACAAAAGAUGUAAGACUUGCUGAAAUGGGACUUCCUAGAAGCUCUGUGUCUUUCCCUUUUUCUCCCUAGUCACCAACCCCAGCCAGUCAAGGUUCCUGAGCUGAUAAAAUGGAAGUCUCUUAAGGUGAAGUCAGAAUUAUUUGUCUUCCUAAGGGACAAUUUGGUGCCAGCACUUUUGAACCUAAUGACAGGGUCACCUUCAUGGUCAUGCAGUCUAUACAGUCACACAGGGCUCUACACUAGGAAGGCCUUGCGUCUGGUUUAAUGCUGUUACCAUCUCGAAAUUCUGGUUAAUUUGUGAACGAGGAGUCUUGUAUUUUCAUUUUUGCACUGGGCCCACCAAAUUAGGUAGCUGAUCCUGCCUAGAGGCUGUAAUGGCUCUGGGUUGUCCAAAGGCAAAAUACUAUUAAUAGUAGGAUGCUUUCCUAGCCCCACCUGCCUCCCACUUGUUCAGCCAUGGAGCUAUGCAGAGCAAUUGUCUGCUGAAUGCUUAUGGGGGACAAAAAAUGCUCAUGGCAGUCCCUGUCCCCAUGGAGUGUGCGGUGGGGUAAGACGGGUCCCCGGAUAACUAGUCGGGUUUAAGUUCCACUAAAGAAGAGCAUCGGUGGAUGAGAAGGGAAUGCCCUCACACCCAGUUUCGAGGAUUAAGUCUGCUUCAUUAGAAGAGGUGAUA